UAUUUUUUAUUUUUAUAUGCGUUAAUGUACAUGUCAGUGGAUGGAUACGGCAAACGUGUGUGCGCGCGCGCGUGCGUGUAUUUAUAUCUUGGUGAGGACAAAAUGUAACCACAAUGACAGGAAUAUCCGUGACCUUGUGGUGACCUUGUGCCUGGUCCUCGUGAGGACUUUUCUUUAAAAGUUUAAUGGCCUCAGAAGGAUUGCAAAACAAAAUCUCUCUCUCUCUCUCUCUCUGUGUGUGUGUAUGUGUGUGUGUGUAUGUGUGGGAUCCGUCCAAUCACCACACGGUGGAGCAGAGCCACUCUAAACUUCUCACCUUCUCAUCGAAUGAAGCACUAAAACAAAAUCGUAUGCCAAUUUCUGUUCCUUUCCUAAAAUCCCUGGGAUCUUUCCCUCGAACCCCGAGCACAAAUACAACCGUUUCAUUCCCGCACGUGAACUCGCGGAACUGUGUGUGCGUGUGUCAAUGCGCGCGGCCGGCGAUGGUUUGGUCCAACGGGAGCGCGGGCGGCUGCUGCGGAUCCCCGGAGUAUGUCUCGGACACCGGAGCAGCACGCGACUCCGAGCUCAGCCUGAGCCCGACCGGACACUCGGUGGUGGCUGCGUGCCUCGGGCUCAUCUCCACCGUCGGCUUUGUGAACAAUCUGCUGGCGCUCGUGCUGUUCGGCCGCCACAAGGCGCUGCGCUCUCCCAUCAACCUGCUGCUCAUAAACAUCUCACUGAGCGACAUGCUCGUGUGCGCGCUGGCCACGCCGUUCAGCCUCGCCGCCAGCACGCGCGGACGAUGGCUUGCCGGACGCACCGCGUGCGUGUGGUACGGCUUCGCCAAUUCGCUCUUCGGCAUUGUGUCACUCAUCUCCCUGGCGGUGCUUUCCUACGAGCGCUACUGUACCAUGAUGUGUCCGGCCAAGCCUGACGUCACCAACUACACUAAAACUGCAGUCGGAGUUGUGCUGUCCUGGGUCUACUCCCUCGUAUGGACGUUGCCGCCGUUCUUCGGUUGGAGUCGCUACGGACCCGAAGGGCCCGGAACCACCUGCUCGGUGGACUGGGUGACCAAGACGGCCAACAACAUCUCCUACAUCAUCUGCCUCUUUGUCUUCUGCCUCAUCCUACCAUUCCUCGUCAUCGUAUACUCUUAUGGGAAGCUGCUGCAUGCUAUCAAACAGGUGAGCCGCUUGAAGACGUCCACCGGCCGAAAGCGGGAGCAUCGUGUCCUCCUCAUGGUCCUGACUAUGGUGGUAUGUUACCUGCUCUGCUGGCUCCCGUAUGGCAUCAUGGCACUGCUGGCUACGUUCGGAGCGCCGGGUCUGGUGACAGCCGAGGCUAGCAUCGUGCCCUCGGUCCUGGCCAAGACCAGCACCGUCAUCAACCCCGUCAUCUACGUGUUCAUGAACAAGCAGUUCAACAGAUGUUUCCGAUCUUUCCUAAAAUGCGACGUGGUCCAACAAAGCUCCACGUCGAAGAGAUGGUCGAAAGCAGACAAACCCGUGAGACGAACCGACAACAACCUGACGUUCGUGGCCGCGUCGGUGGAUCACGGAUUAGCAGCACCCAGUACCUCACGGAGCAACGAGCAGCCCCCGUCGACAGACUCGGCCAAACCGCCGGCGCUGUCCCUCGUGGCUCAUUACAACGGCUCUUUCUGCGAGUAAGACUCUGCAGUGCGACACAAGCGAUGAUAAAGCUCUUGUUUUGUACAUCGGAAAGAACGAACGGACUGCAGGCUGAGCUUGCGUUCCGAAAUAAGAGAACUCGUGCGCCAUGCAUAACAAACCUCAGACUGAUACAAAAAAAAAAAAAAAAAAAAAGAGCCGACGCUUACAAUCUCUUUAUCUGAUCGUUGCAGCUAUGUGCGCCAGACGCAGUUUAAAUACAUUUUUAAAAAAUCACCUUUUUUUUCAAAAGACUUUUUAACGUGUGCGAAAAUAUAUCUGUGCCUGUAAAAAUCUGCCUCAUUUAUGAUAAAGCGUUUCCUAGGGCCUGCGGCUCGGGGUCUGUCCGCCCCCCCCACCCCCCCCCCCACCCCCCACACACCAAGGAAUGGUUUUAAAUGAAAUUUGUGCGAAGUACAUGGAAGUAAGCUUUUUGCUACAUCAUAGACAGCGAGAGCUUUUUUAAAAAGCCAAUAUGCAGUAUGAAAGGAAAUGACCUUUUUUUUUUUUUUUUAAAUGUACAGAAGAAGAAAAAAAGAAAAAAAACCAACCUGUUCAAUAUUACGACAGUCGCGAUCAGAUUCCCGGGAACUCUUUUUAAUUCAGACUCAGGAAAAAGUUCCAGCGCUACUUCAAUGGGUCUGAAGUCAGAGACGGAGACUAAUGCUGUCUGAUCUCAUGCUUUAUAACCGUAAUUCGAGCAGCCUGGUCUAUUUUACCGCAGCGAGUACGGAUCCUUUGUAAAAAUCGCCGUAUGUUGAUCUUCAGAUGCUGAUAAAAGUUUUGAUCAGUGACUUAAAGUAUGCAAAUUUUUGUACAAAUUCAUAAUAGUUUCAAUAAAACACUACAGUCAGUCCAAUUUUGGUUGAACUCUAGCGUUUUUGAAACGUUAUAUGAAAGGAGGUGUAGAUUGUGAAAGCAAGGUACGUUCAUUUCCUUUAAAAAAAAAAAAAAAAGUCUACUUCUCUACCUACCAGCGAUGCAAAAUAUUUGGUACAGAUGUGUGUUGUGUAUUUGUCCAAUUAAAAUGUAGCUCAGCCAAACACUUGGUUUAUUGGAGUAAACAUAGUUUGGAAGCACAAGGCCACAAAGUACCGUCUCUUUUAGGUUAGUACAGUGGUUUGUUUUAUUUUCCUGGUCAAAUUUCUGCCUUUCUUUCUUUCUUUAAAAAAAAAAUAAUAUAUAGAAAUCAAUUUAAGCAAAUUCAGUGAGAUUCUGGUUUAUCUAAACUGUGGAAGAAUCUUGAAAAUGGUUAAAGAUGGCUUCCAAGAGAAUACAUUCAAGGCUUGACAAGCUAUCCCUAGUGUCCAGAUGUUUCACAAGAUGUUAUUGGCUUUAAAAUAUUAUUAUUAUUAUUAUUAUUAUUAUUAUUAUUAUUAUUAUUAUUUUUAAAAAUCGCUUGUAUUGUUCCCUAAUUUGUUUUUCACUAUUUCAGAUUAAAAUGGAUUAAAGUCUAAGAUUUGUUAAACUCGUACGCUUUUGUCUCCAAGUUUGGUGCCAAAGAUACAUGAUAUAUCUAUCAGAGUGUCUAAUAAAUAUAAAACGUCACUUAUAUGUUGU